AUGGCACAUGCGGCGCAGGCGGCGAAGGAUGCUGAACGGCAGUUCCGUGUUGUCCACAAGCGGAUAGCAGUUCGAGCUCAACCGUCCACAGCCGCAGAAAUCGUGGGUGUUGAGGUUCUGGGAGCAUUGGUGUCAGGGAAGCUGGUGCAGGUGAAAGGGGAGCAAUGGGUGCAAAGAAAGCUGCAAAACAAGGAGGCUUGGAUGCUCGUGGAUGGCACCGGAUUAGGCUUGGGAAGGCUCCUUGAACCAGUUGCAACCACGGUUCCUGUGAAAAGCCAUGAGAGCAAGGACAAGGAGAAGAAGGAGGCCACAAGUGCCACGAGCGCCACGAGUGCCACAAGCCACAGUCACAACGUUUCGAUCGGAUUGAUCGGAGAGAGACUCUGGCAUUCACCACUACGCGAACUUCCCAGGCCUGAGUGGGCACCUCGUCACGGAUACUUCGCAUUGUCAGGUGGUCUAUCGGCGACUGGUUGGCGCAACAUCUGGGUGUUUGGAGGGAUCGUUCCUGGCUUGGGCUAUUCUGAUGACGUGUGGCGCACUGUGAACGGUGGUGCCAGCUGGGAGCUAGUCGUUGCUGGGAUUCACUGGAGCGGGAGAUCAGAUUUCGGCUGCUGUGGUGGCUCUACUGCGCCUGAGCCACGCCCAAAAGGCGUGAUCUACAUCGUUGGAGGGCAGGGGGGCCCCGGACUGCUGCCCGAUGUCUGGGCCUCAGACACUGCUGGUAGAAAGUGGUCCCGCAUGUGCGCUCAGGCUCCUUUCGGCUCGCGUACCGGAGUUGCCUGUGCCACGGUGCCCUCGCGGCCACUAGUACUGCUCGUGGCUGGCGGAGUCUCCGACGAUGUCCAUCGUGAUUUAUGGGUCAGUCAGGAUGGGGGUGUCACAUUUGAUUGCCUGAACCUUACAAUGCCCGUUGGUCCCACGUUACUGAAAUGGCCUCCACAGCUUCUCUGUGCGGCCCGAGCACAAAGCGGCCGACUGGGGCUCUGGUGCCUCCGAUUGCGGGGGCUCAAUGACCAUGAUGACCAUGAGACCUCGAGCUCCGAAUCGAGCCUUGAUGCAGAGCUAGAGCCCUUAGAUGAGUUUUCCCAGAGCUUUGAUUGCGAGUGUAGUCCAGACUUUCCGAAACCGCCUCGAGUUGGGCUGGACUUGGAGGCGUCCACCGUCAUCAACCUUUCUAGGCAUGGCCUGCAAAGCCAAUGCCUGCCAGGCCCUGGAAUGUCGGUCCCAGGGGACUGCGCCCCAUGUCCUCUGGAGAACAGUCCCUGCAUCGCGCCUCCGGAGUCCUUUGUCGUUUGCGACAUGGAUGCUGCGCAUACGAGAGGUCAUGGUAAAGUCCAUGUCUUGACAGAGGAUCGCUGCUUCACAAAUGAUCGCCACCAGUACAAGCUGCAAGAUCGCUUCCUAAAGCUUCUUGGCCUGCGCCUGGCGACGAAGGGCAUUCCCCUGGACCUGUGGUUGGGUCGCGUGAGGCCUUUCCUCUUGCCACGCCCGCGCCGCAUUGCCGGAUUCCCGCGCCCAGUGGGCGAAGGUCCGAGGAUGUCCGAGGGUCUGAGAACUGAGAUGCGAUGA